CAGCAGGCCUUCGCCGGCUCUGCAGGCACCGUGGAGAGCAGUAAAGGCAAGGAGAAGGUUAUGGGCUAGAACACUGAGCCUGAUCCUGAGCCCAUCGAGGAGAUGAGCAACAGAUUGUUCGGUUUCAGGGUUGGAGGCUGUACCACAAAAUAUGCCGACGACCUGAAGAAUCUGAGUGAAGAAUCAAAACAGCUUCCGGAGCUGAGGGGAGGUGGCGACAACAGAGAAUUUGAGCGGUAUCACCCACGAGAAAGAGCCAACUUUGAGGCAGUGAAGCAUCGCCUGAGCCCUGAAAAGAGACGACACAUUGAACGCUGGUUCGAUCGUGCUGCUGAUCUGAAUCCUUCCUGGGUCCAUCGUUCCACUACUGUUUAUGGCCAACCACCCCUCACAACAACUGCAAUGGCGCAGCAUCUGAGCCUUUCCACAGUUUUGAAGAUCAGUUUAAAAACAAAAGUCGAACGUUGGUUGAACUCGAUCAAUAACGACUCUCUACCAGAGCACGAACCCUCGACGCCUCCAGACGUCUCUGAUGACGAACAUGCUCGCGGAGACGGCAACGGACAGAAGGGGGUAGAAACCACUCUGGUGUUGAGAGGGGGUGGCGAUAAUUAUGAAUGGGACCUGCAGCACGAACGGCGUCGAAUCGUCAUCUACCUUCAGGAUAGAAGGAGGCUAGUGCUCCUUGAAUUACUCGAAGGCGCCGAUACUGGAACUCCGAUCCGUAUGCCUGAACAGAUACGCUAUGGUCGUCGUCGAGCAUAUCCUCUGGAGGCCUUUGCGAGCUUCCUGGAUACCAAAGUAGACCGCAGAACCGUCAUCGAACGCUGGCUAGAUACAGUGGUGCUUGAAGAGACCGUGGUGGCGUCCAGAGAAGAUCAGCCAAUUCUCCGAGGGCGUGUGCAACUUCUCACCUCAUUAGAAAACAUCAGUCCUCUUUGCAUAGAGCUGCAGCUUACAUCCGCCGCGAACGACGCUUUGGAGCUUGCGCUUGCAGCUUCGGAAGGCUAUCUAUUUACCAUUGCGGUGGACGAAAUUGACCAAGAGUUGUCAAGUGAACAGAACGAGCCAAUAGCGCAAGCUGAAGACCUCCACGACAGCGGUUUCUGGUCGUCGGCUACCAGCCCUGGACUAGACAACGAUGGCCAGAGUCCGAGUGAGGAGCCAUCCGACACCUCGAGCCAGCGUUCAGACACACUGUGCCCAACAGUAGCAUCGGACGAAUCCAUUCGAACUUUGAUCAACAUCACGGCGCCUCGGCCUGCCACCAUCACAACACCCAGGCCUGUGGUCUUGUCCCGCGGUGAUAUUUGGGAUGCAUAUGCAUGCUAGCCGGGUCGAAGUCUGCUGGUAUACUGGCUUGCAUGAAUUGCGCAAGGGCUUCAUGGUCCGAGGUUGACACGCAGCUACAAAUACAAUACAUCAUCAUGAGCCUUGCAUGAUCAGACUCAAUCUUCAAACUUAAUGUGCUUGUCCGCGGACGUAUUCAAGCAGGGUCCCCGUUACGGCACCGACAUGCAUACGCUUCUCCACUCGAAGCGCACCGUGCC